AUGAGUGCUCAGGAUCCUCAGUCGUCCAUGUUCCGGGGCGCUUCCAUGGAGUUGUCAAGUCGUCCUCAGAAGACGACUGCUUUCACUGGUGUCACUGCCGAGGAGGGAUUGGACGAUAAGAACGACUUGCAAGAUGAAGUAGAAGGCUCGAAGAAAUCCAGUCUGAAAGAUGCGGUCGAUAUGCGCCGUAUGGGCAAGCAACAACUUCUCGUCAGACGGUUUCGACAGCUCACGAUCGCUGCGUUCAUUGGUACUACCACUGCAGCAUGGGAGUACGCCUUGUUCUUAGUCUCACCUGGCUUGGUCGAUGGAGGAACAGCUGGUCUACUGUACAACGUGAUUUGGAGUUUCUUUGGCUUCGGUGCUAUCUACUUGAGCUUGGCGGAGAUGGCCAGUAUGGCUCCAAUUGCUGGGUCGCUAUACCAUUGGGUAUCGGAGUUCGCGCCCGAGAACGUUCAAGGCAUAAUGAGUUACUUCACUGGAUGGAUAUCAACAAUCGCAUGGCAGGCUGGUUAUGCUCAGGGUAUACUGCUUGCUGGUACCCAAAUUCAGACCAUCAUCCUCGUUAUGAACGACAAUUACGAGGCACCAGCGUGGCAGGGCACUCUCUUGAGUUUCGCCGCCAUACUGAUCUCAUACGGAGUCAACGUAUAUGGAGUGCGGUCAUUGCCGUAUUGGCAAGUACCAGUCUUCGCAAUCGGGACCAUGGCAUACUUUGCCUAUAUCGUGCCCGUGUGGUGUAAUGCACCGACAGCUACUCAUGAGCAGGUGUGGUCCGGAUUCUCAAACACUGGCGGAUGGUCAAGCAUGACUCUUGCAGUACUGGUUGGCCAGCUUUCUGGUAUCAGCAUGCAGACUGGAGUCGAUACAGCGGCACACAUGGCAGAAGAAGUGAAAGAUGCUGCUGUAGCAGUACCUCGUGCCAUGAUGACCAUCUUCUUGAUCGAUUUCGCGCUGGUCUUCCCACUCCUUGUCACAAUCUGCUAUCACCUGCCAGACAUUGAUGCAGCACUGAACGACACUACAGCGUAUCCUGGCAUCUACAUCAUGCGUCAAGCCAUGUCCGACACGUGGAUUGCCGUCAUCAUGGCAGUCAUAACAUUCAUCUGCAUGGCUUCCAACAUUACAUACCUUGCCGGUGUCUCGCGAGAUCUCUUCGCCUUUGCUCGUGACAAGGGACUGCCAUUUUCACCAUGGUUCAGCAAAGUUGACCCCAAGCGGAGCAUCCCUGUUAAUGCGAACCUCUUCUCCUGCGUCCUUUCGGCAAUCCUCGCCCUGAUAUACAUCGGCAGUCCGGUCGCCUUCUACGCCAUCACAUCCCUCAACACUGUCUCGCUACUACAGUGUUACGUCUUCGCCAUCGGCUGUGUACUAUGGCGGCGGAUCAAGCACCCGGAGACAUUGCCUCCUGCUCGCUUCUCGCUCGGCAGGUUCGGAGUACCCGUCAACAUUGCGGCAGUGGUUUACUCGGCCUGGAGUUGCUUUUGGUGCUUCUGGCCACAGUCAACCCCGGUGGAUGCUGGUGGCUUCAACUGGGCUUCGCCAUUGUACAUUCUGGCACUGAUUGUCUCGGCUCUGUACUAUCUCAAGGCCAGACAUCGUUACGAAGGACCUGUUGUGGCUGUGGAGGGAAGAAACGUUCAUGCUCAUUGA